AUGAUUAAUAUUUUUCUGGCUAAUUCAGGUGGUAGUAGUAAAAAUAAUUAUAAUUUAGUGGCUGAAUCAGGUGAUAGUAGUAAAGAUAAUGGUAAUGCUGACCAGACCAAUGGUUAUGUUGCUGCUGUUGAAGGGCCAAAAAUUGUUGGUGCUGAAAGAUUGUUACUGUUUAAAAUUUAUUUAGCUAAUGAUAAUGGAGAAAAACUACAAGUAGUUGCUUGGAACGAUAAAGCACGGUCUAUUCAAUCCAAAAUUUCAGUUAACCAAAAUAUACAUAUUGAUGGUGCUUAUGUAAAUCCUAAACCACGGGGAAAGUACAACGUUGGAACGGCUGAUUAUGAACUAAUAAUCCAAUCUAACACUAAAGUACAUGUACUUGAUUUUCGUAAAAUUACGGAAGAGAAACCAAAAGAAGCUGAGCCAAUUAUACCGUUGUCUACUUUUCAAGAUUUGACAUCUAUGUCAUCUCAAGACGUUCGUGUGAGAGGAUUCGUUAAAUCAGAGAUUGCUUUGCUAAAGAAGAAGGAAAGUUGGAACGACACUUUAGUAGGCUCAAUUACAGACGGAGAGUACAAAUUGGAAGUUAAGGUAUCUGGGGUUACCAAAGAUUUAGAAAUCCCAAAAUGUUCCCAUGUUGAAGUCAGUGGUUGCCUUCAAGCUUUUGCAAAUCCAAUGCAUAUUUUAGUAAGAAAUCCUGAGAAUGUCAAGAUUAUUGAUGACACAAAAAUGUCAUUUGUUAAAAUGAUCAAGGUAACAAAACCAUUGAUACAUAAAGCUUAA